AUGGCUACGCAAGAAAACAGGGGACCAGAGCUCCUAGGCGUGCAGAUAGCAUUCCUCGCGGCAGCGUGGAUCGCCACAUUUCUCCGGCUGUACGUAAAAGUAGCCAUCACGAAGAGCCACACACUCGACGAUGGUGUUAUGUAUCUUUCCACAGUCCUGUACUCCGUGUACGCAGCCGUCGCCGUCCUCGGCAUUGUUAAGGGCGGCAUAGGCCGGCAUACCUCAGAGCUGGACGCGGAAAGCAUUGUUUUGGCGCUCAAGGUUUGGUACACAUGCGAAAUUCUGUACGCCUUCAUUUCCGCUCUCAUCCGAACCUCGAUUUGUCUGUUUCUCCUACGAAUCUUCAACCGCGGAACAACCAAUAUGGCCAAGACGCUACUCCAAGCAAAUAUCGUCGUGGUUUGGAUCUCAUCCUUGGUUUACCUCUUCAUAAUCGUGUUCCAGUGCGACCCGCCCAACUACUACUGGGCCAAGUUCGAAGGACUCCAGGGGAGCUGUCGCCCUGCACAUCUCGUGCCGAACGCAACAAUCGGCCAUAGUGUCGUGGCUGCCGUAAGCGACUGGAUUCUUGGCAUACUACCUAUGUCGAUUCUUUGGCAACUUCAGAUGAAGCGAGAGAAGAAGGUUCGAUUGUUGUUGUUUUUUGGAAUCGGCAUGAUGUAG